GAGCUCAGUGCUGUACAUACACGAUGCUACAUUGUUUAUGAUUGUUUACACUGAAGAAAUAUAUAUGUAGUUUUGUGUGAAAGAAAUUUGUGGAGUGGACUGAAAUUUGACUGGCGAUGCAAGUUUUUGAAAAUGACUAAUGUCGAGGUAUUACAAUUGGAUAUAUGGAAAGGCGAUUGGGGUCUCCCAUCAAUCGACAUAGAUUGUUUGCAAGUUCUGGCAUAUGCUAAAUUUAUCGGGGAACCUUUAAAAGUAAAUCCAGCAAGCAAUCUAUUUGGAACACCAAAUGGUCGAUUACCUUUGCUUAAGGCUGGUCUAAGUACUUUGGAUACAGUUAAAGAUAUAUUACCAUUUUUUAGAGCAAAACGUAAUUCUGACUACAUGUUAACUGAUAAACAAUAUGCAGACGUCAUGGCUUAUGAUGCUCUGCUUAAGGAAAAGUUGUAUCCAGCCUUCCAAUUUAUAUGGUGGAUAGAUAAAAAAAAUCUGGAUGAAUUAGUUAGACCAUGGUACUGUAAAGCACUAUCUUUUCCAUUUAAUUUCUAUUAUCCAGGAAAGUUUGAGCGACAAGCGCAUUCUUUGAUGGAAAGUUUAUACCCUUUGGAAGAUAAUAUAAAUGAUAUCGAAAAUAAGGUGUAUUCUGAAGCACAAAAGUGUCUGACGUUGUUAUCUACAAGGCUUGGAGAUAGUGAUUUCUUUUCCGGGCAGGAACCUAACACUAUAGACGCGAUUAUAUAUUCAUAUUUGGCACCGUUGCUUAAGAUUCCAUUACCAAAUUCAGUCUUGCAAAAUCACUUGAAAAAUUGUACAAAUCUGGCGAAGUAUGUGUCGCGUAUAUCGCAGAGGUACUUUGGGGAUGUGUAUCAGACUUACGAGAAGCAUAAAGCGGAGAAAAACGCUGAAAAAUUAAAAACAGAUUCGGAGAGUGAAUUCCCAAACAAGAGAAGAAAUCAGAUCUUUGCUGCGUUUGUUGCUACACUGGCGAUGGCGGGAUAUGCGUUAUCUAUGGGUAUUGUAGAGGUACUAAUAUAUUUAUUAAGAAGCAGAAAAUUUAUUAAGGUUCCUAAGAAGAAAAGAAAACGUACCAAUAAAGGAUGAUGAAAUCUCUGAUGUGCCGACAAAGUACAUGUUACUGGAUGAUGAGGAUGAAGAGUAGCAAUUAGCAAAAAGAAAACUAUGUGUUCGUGGUAAAAAUAGGGAAUAUGCAAUUAUUAGUUGCAAAUUAUCUGUAAAAUUCUCAGUAUGGAACUAUAUUCGUGACACAGAGAAAGAUAAAGAGAGAGGGAGGGGGGGAGGGAGAAAGACGAAAGGAUGUUAUAUGAUGUAUAAAUACCAAAAUAUAUAACAAAGUAAAUAAAUAUUUUGCAAUAUCACGAUA